CUGAGCUCCGACACAUCACAGAGAGACAUCAAGUUCACGAAGAGAAGACACCACAAGUGCAAGAUGUCUUGACAUUAAGAAGACGUUUACCAGAAAGGAACUCGACUACAGCCCAGGAGGAGAUUGUAUUAUACUAUUGUAUCAUUAGGCUGUGCAAAGUGAGAUAAUAGGACAUCAUGGACUGUGGGUAAACCAGAGACACACCCCGGGAUUGUCACACAAGGGGCACUAAGAUACCCUACACAGGGUCCUUCUAUUAUUUAUAAUAUUUUCUAUCAUCCUUAACCUAUCAUUCUCCUCCAAUGUAUCCACCACUACACCCCAACUCUUCCUUUUCCACUGUAUUCUCCCCUAUUCCUCCAACUUCCCCCCUGUACUCUACUCCACCAUCAUCUCGUCCCCCUACAUCUACCCCACUUCUUCCAUCCCUCUCUAUGGCUAUUGGGGCAUUAUCCAAUGCCCUGGGCCUCUGGAUCCUUGCACGAGCCUACUCUGUCUCCCGAAGACUGCGACGUUCAAGGGCACAGUUUCUACUUUUGGCUUCUGGACUCCUUUUGACGGACCUGGCUGGUCAUCUGAUAACUGGAUCCUUUGUCCUGUGGCUCUAUUCUAAUGGAGCAUUACCGAUGGCUGGAUGUCAGUUUCUUGGGGGCUGCAUGGUAUUUUUUGGACUUUCACCACUUCUGCUUGGACUUCUUAUGGCAUGUGAACGUUGCAUUGGCCUUACAAGACCACUAUGGCAUUCAGCUGUGGUCACCCAAAGCAAAGCUUGGAUUGGCCUUGGUUUAGCUUGGGCUUUAGCUCUUCUGGUGUCUACUCUACCGCUGCUCGGUUAUGGUACAUAUGGACUGCAACCAUCAGGGACCUGGUGUUUUCUACAGGAGCCUCCGGGAUUUUGCCUGCUGUUCUCAGGACUAGGUCUUGGAUCACUGACGGCCGCAUUGGUUUGUAACUUGGUAGUCGGAGUUACCUUGCUUCAGGCUCGACUCCUAAGAGCCUCGGGGGAGGAUCGCAGAAGGAGGCGUCGAGGUGCUCGUUCCCAUGACCUGGAAAUGAUGGUGCAAUUGUUGGCUAUUACCAUUGUUUCCUGCGUUUGCUGGAGCCCAUUAUUGGUCUCUGUUGUGAUGCUACAGGCUGGAGCACCACUCCCUCGCCCGAAUUGGCUGCUGUUCACGGUUCGCUUAGCUUCAUGCAAUCAGAUUUUGGAUCCUUGGGUUUACAUUCUCCUAAGACGUUCUGUACUGCAUCGACUCUGCAGCAUCUUUGUGAGGGUUUCACGAGUGCGAGGAGGGAAACCAAUUCGUUGGGAUCCAAGGGACUUUCAGAGCUCAGAACACAGCCAAAUCAGCCACCUAUAGGUUCUAAGUAUUAAGAAAUGUACAGAGAUCAUUCAAGGAAUAUGGACCACUACAUAUAUCAAUGGACCUUGUGCUUGCAUGGUUGAUACAGAAGAAUCCUAGAGUGUAGACUACGUAGGUCGCUUGUAAAUAUGUAUAUAAAAUGCAGACUUUUAUGAGAGUGACCCACUAACUGAUGAGAUGUACUAUUGCCUUAUUGGUGUGCAUAUGUAUUACUGAGAAGGUCACUGUAGUAAAUACACUCCCGUACACACAGAGGCUGGCAGGUAACAGCUCUGCACGAUACCUUUGUACAGACGGGGCCUCCAUCAAUGGAACCUCAGAAAUUUAUACCAGAACAAAAUCACAGUGACUGUUUAACCUCACUAUGUUCUUUUCUAAUAGUAAU